AUAAUAGUUUAGAUUUUCGAAAUUACGAAAAUCAACAUGUAACAUCAAUGGAUGUCUAAUAAUAAAUUAUUAACUUGAACAUCCAAACAUCAAAGACAACCCGAUAUCUUAGCAAAUUUGUGACGGAGAUUGUGUUAAUUUCUGAGAUAUCAUUAUUAUUAUUUUAGACAACAUGGCACGAACUAAUUUUGGGAUAAAGAACGUUCAAAGGUUGAUGUUUAUCAGAAGCUUAAGCAAUAAUCCUCGCAAUUUGUGGAACAAAGACAACGUCGUUUCUUCACCGAGCAAGGAUGUUCACUUACCUUUGCUCACUGUCAACGAUUUCAUUUGGCAGAAUUUAGAGAAAUGGGCAGAUAAACCGGCAAUGGUUUGUGGAAUCACAAAUCGAACAUAUACGUAUCAUCAACUCUAUAAAUAUUCUCGGAGAUUUGCUGCAAAAUUGCUAACCCAAUUCAAUAUCCGAGAAGACGAUGUGACUUGCAUAAUGAUGUCCAAUAACCCAGAAUACGCCGUAGCCACACUCGGCUCCCUUGAAGCAGGCGCAACGGUGACCACAAUCAAUCCCAUUUAUACAGUCCACGAAGUUCAAAGGCAACUAAUUCUAUCAUCUCCCAAAAUUAUAAUUGGAAUACCAGAAACUAUUGAAAUACUAAAAGAAGCGUGUAAAUUAGCCAAACUGAAUAUACCAAUCAUAACAGUAACUAGUACAGGAGAGAUCUUACCCAAUGGGACCAUAUCAUAUCACGAACUCAUAAGUGAUGACCAUGUAGAUACCAGUGUUCUGCAAAGAGUUAAUAAAGAUAUAGACAGAAUAGCGCUUUUACCGCAUUCGAGUGGAACGACUGGUUUACCGAAAGCCGUGGAACUGGUACACCGGACUAUUGUUGCAAAUUUUGCUCAACAAAAUGGGAAAGGUUUCAAAUACUGUAAAUCUGCUACAGAGUCCAGUCAAGAAUCACUUUUAGCGGUUCUACCAUUCUAUCACAUCUACGGUUCAGGGGUAAUUAUGCUGCACAAGUUGUCAAUGGGUGCAAAAGUGGUUACAUUGCCUAAAUUUGAAAAGAAUACAUUUCUUAAUGCUAUUAAAAUGCAAAGAUCAAGUAUACUACAUCUCGCUCCUCCUCUGGCAUCUUUCCUGGCGACUCAUUCUGAAUGUAAAAAGGAAGAUUUAUCAACCGUCCAUACCUACAUCUGCGGCGCUGCACCUUUACCUAAACAAGAUAUUUUCAGACUUUUAGAUAAAUCUAAGUCAGAUGUAGAUUUCUUACAAAUAUACGGACUCACGGAAGUAUCACCGUUAGCCACAACGGCGCCACUAGGAUUCAAAAAUUAUGCAACAGUUGGUCUUGCCUUACCUAAUACGAAACUACGGAUAGUAAAUACGAAAGACGAAAGCCUAGGUCCGAAUGAGGUUGGUGAAUUAUUAAUUAAAGGACCUCAAGUAAUGAAAGGCUACAAAGAUAAUCCAGAAGCAACAAAGGCUGCAAUAACAGAUGAUGGUUGGUUCAGAUCUGGCGACUUGGCAUCUAUCGAUCAAAACGGUGUGGUCACCAUAUGUGAUAGGAUUAAAGAACUUAUAAAGGUAAAAGGUUUCCAAGUUGCUCCAGCGGAACUAGAGAGUGUAUUGAAAGAACAUUCUGACGUUCUUGAUGUAGCAGUGGUAGGUGUUCCGGAUUCAAAAACGGGUGAAAUUCCUAAAGCGUUUGUGGUAGUUAAAGAAGGAAGAAGUAUUAAUUCGAAUGACUUAAAACAAUUCGUAGAAGAAAGAGUAGCUGCUUAUAAGAGAAUAGGUGAUGUUAUGUUUGUAGAUAGUUUACCAAGGAAUCCUUCGGGUAAGAUUUUGAGAAGGGUACUUAAGGAAAAAUAUGCAUAGCAGCGUAGCAAAUUGGGGUUUAGAAUUGUAAGCAUUUUGAAUACAUUUGGUUCUAGAAAUAAUUUGCAAUUGUAACUUAAAAUUAAAGAAUUGUUAUUAAAAUACAAGUAAUACAAAGUUGUAGGAAAUUGAAUA